UAGAGUACCGUUGCAUCGAUUGGGGAGGCGGUUGGUGAUGUAGGUACUCGCAUUUCUGCACGUCCUCUCGAGCGCCCCGUGGCCAGACCGCGCGGGUUAUGAAAGCGAGACGUACAAUCGAUGCCAGAUGGGGCCCGGCUACCAGCGGGUGACCCGCCACCUCUGGAGGGGGGGUCGAGGGGGGGUAUAUAGCCUGUCCAUUCCCUAGCCUGUCCAUUCCCUGGCACGUCCUCCUCCUUGCUCUUCUUCUUUGCUCUGUCUCCUAGCUAUUCCUCCUUGUUUCCCCAUACGCCUCUUACUUCCACCGAACACACGCACAAUCAUCACACAGCAUAGCAACAAUGGUCAAGGAAUACUCCGACUCCCCCGUCUACACCGCCAGCAAUGGGUGUCCAGUAAUGAACCCGCAGGCGUCGCAGCGCGUCGGCGAGAACGGCCCGCUGCUGCUGCAGGACUUCCACCUUAUCGACUUGCUGGCACAUUUCGAUCGCGAGAGGAUACCGGAGCGCGUCGUUCACGCGAAGGGCGCCGGCGCUUUUGGCGAGUUCGAGGUUACCGAUGACAUCAGCGACCUCACAUCGGCGGACAUGUUCAACGGCAUCGGCAAAAAGACACGGUGUCUCGCGCGGUUCUCCACCGUCGGCGGAGAAAAGGGAUCGCCUGACUCGGCAAGAGAUCCGAGAGGAUUCGCCGUCAAGUUUUAUACCGAGGAGGGGAACUACGAUUGGGUGUUCAAUAACACGCCCAUCUUUUUCUUGAGGGACCCGUCAAAGUUCCCGGUAUUCAUUCACACGCAGAAGAGGAACCCGCAGACUAAUCUGAAAGAUGCCACUAUGUUCUGGGAUUACCUUACGCAGAAUCAGGAGAGUGUUCACCAGCUGAUGCACCUCUUCUCGGACCGUGGCACGCCGUUCUCGUUCCGCCACAUGAACGGAUACUCCGGUCACACCUACAAAUUCACGAAGCCAGACGGAUCCUUCCGCUACGUCCAGAUCCACCUCAAGACGGAUCAAGGUUCGAAGACGUUGACCAACGAAGAAGCCGGGGCGCUCGCCUCUUCGAACCCCGACCACGCAACGGAAGAUCUCUUCAACUCCAUCGAGAAGAAAGAAUUCCCGUCAUGGACCGUGUACGUCCAAGUGAUGACGCCAGAACAGGCUGAGAAAUUCAAAUACAGCGUGUUCGAUCUGACCAAAACCUGGCCACAAAAAGAAUUCCCCCUCCGCCGCUUCGGCAAAAUGACGCUCAACGAGAACCCGCAAAACUACUUCGCAGAGAUCGAGCAAGCGGCCUUCUCCCCUUCGCACCUAGUCCCUGGCGUCGAGCCCUCCGCCGACCCCGUGCUCCAAAGCCGCCUCUUCUCAUACCCCGACACGCACCGCCACCGUCUCGGCGUGAACUACCAGCAAAUCCCGGCCAACUGCCCCCUGCGCGCCUUUAACCCGUUCCAGCGCGACGGCGCAAUGCAAGUAAACGGCAACUACGGCGCAAACCCAAACUACCAGUCGUCGUUCCGCCCCGUGACCUACAAGACCACGUGCACAUCGCACGACGCCCACGAGAAGUGGGUCGGCACAGCUACCAACUUCGCUUUCCGCGUCUUCCCGGAGGACUACGAGCAGGCUACCGCCCUCUGGAACGUCCUCGGAAGAUACGAGAAUCAGCAGAAGAACUUUGUCUCGAACGUGGCCGGUCAUGCGUGUGGUGCGAGGAAGGAUGUUAGGGAGAGGGUCUAUGAGAUGUUUGGAAAGGUUGAUAAGGGCCUCGGUGAGGCCAUCAGGAAGAAGUGUGAGGAGAAUGUGGGCGCCCUGGAGGAGGCGAUGAAAAAGGCUCAGCCGAGGUUGUAGCGCCUGGGCUUUUUGCGGGAUUAAGGGCUGGUUUUUAAGGGCUUGGGUUUGCGUUGCGUUGGUCAUGAAGGGUUGAUGAUAAUGAUUGUAUAUUUUAUGAAUGAAGUCGUUUCACGUGGCGUAUGGACUCCGAACAUUGACUAUUGAUACUAG